CAGGCCUGGGGUGGAGGCGGAGGCGCGGGAGUUAUGGAGGGGGCGGGCUCUGCAGGGAAGUGCGUCAGAGGAGGCGCGGGGAGAGUAGGGUGCUGUGGUGUGAGCUUGAGGGUGAAACCGGCGGAGCAGGAGGAUGGGCGAGCAGUCUGAGUGCCAGAAUGGAUAAUCGUUUUGCUACAGCAUUUGUAAUAGCUUGUGUGCUUAGCCUCAUUUCCACCAUCUACAUGGCAGCCUCGAUUGGCACAGACUUCUGGUAUGAAUAUCGAAGUCCAGUUCAAGAAAAUUCCAGUGAUUUGAACAAAAGUGUCUGGGGCGACUUCGCUAGUGAUGAGGCAGAUGAAAAGACUUACAAUGAUGCGCUUUUCCGAUAUAAUGGCACAGUGGGAUUGUGGAGACGGUGUAUCACUGUACCCCAAAACACUUGGUAUAGCCAACCAGAAAGGACAGAAUCAUUUGAUAUGGUCACACAUUGCACGGGUUUCACACUAAAUGAGCAGUUCAUGGAGAAAUUUGUUGAUCCUGGAAACCACAAUAGCGGGAUUGAUCUGCUUCGGACCUAUCUUUGGCGUUGCCAGUUCCUUUUACCUUUUGUUAGUCUAGGUUUGAUGUGUUUUGGGGCUUUGAUUGGACUUUGUGCUUGUAUCUGCCGAAGCCUGUAUCCCACCAUUGCCACAGGCAUUCUCCAUCUCCUUGCAGGUCUAUGCACACUGGGCUCAGUGAGUUGUUACAUUGCUGGAAUUGAACUACUCCACCAGAAACUAGAGCUGCCUAAGAAUGUGUCUGGCGAAUUUGGAUGGUCCUUCUGCCUGGCUUGCGUCUCGGCUCCCUUACAGUUCAUGGCUUCUGCUCUCUUCAUCUGGGCAGCUCAUACCAACCGGAAAGAGUACACCUUAAUGAAGGCCUAUCGCGUGGCAUAAGUGGGAAGCUACCUGCUUUACGAUUGCCAUUUUUAUUAUUUUUUAAUAGUAUUUUCCCUUGUUCCCCCCAACAUUGUUUUUAAUUUUUUUUUUUUGUGGAUACAUCAUUUUAUACUGAAAAUCCCUUUUUUUUUAUUCACACGGUUGUUUUUUUAACAACACUAAAAUUUACGUGGAUUCCUUGAGUGAUUCCAUAUUUCAAACUAAUCUAGGCUCAGAGUCUAGAAAGAAAGAAAUGAGUAGACACUUGACACAGAUUUGUGGAAAAAAAACUGAUCAUGGGAAAUUGACCCAGAACAAAUUCAGCUGAUGUCUGUUAGACUUUUCAGUAAAGUAACUGUAUUCACUCAAUGAGAAACUUUAUUUUUGUUGUGAAACCUCAUCAUUGUCAAAACUUAUGUUUACUUUGCUGUUAUAGAUAAGCCAGUAAGCCAGAGGUCAUAGUGCUAUUUUCAAAGACAAGCUAUUAAUAUGUAAAAUAUGGAAAUUAUCUAAGAUCCUUUUCCCUAAAUAUUGGCGUAUAGCUUCAUCAAGAUGAAAUAUGGCAGCUGUUUAUACUGUGUCUGUCUACAAGAAAGGAAAUGAAAAAUACAUUAUUUACUUGAAAUUUUAAGUUUGGAACUGCAAGAAUUCCACUUUAGCCAGACAAGAAGAUUAACCUUAUUUUACUUUUUUUAAAGAAAAACUCUCCCCAUUAUGUCAGUAGGAUUUUCAGUACCACCAAACCGUUUUGGAUUUUUGCUCCUUCCGUCUUCACAUACCAGGCUUAUUAAGAGUGCUUUCUUUUUAAUACUACAUCAGGAUCACAGAAUAAAAUUCUCCAACUGCUAUCUCUUUAUUCCAGCUAAGUACCAUAAAGAAUGUUCCACCAUAAUGACCACCCAGAAUUAGGAAAACUGCCACAAGACCUGGCUGGUCAUGAACUUCCAACUGUGGUCUUUAUUUCUUGUGGUGAAAUGAUGUGCCUUUCCUUGCCUAAAUCCCUUCCUGGUGUGUAUCAACAUUAUUUAACAUCUUCUAAUUCAGUCAUUUUUUUUUUAUAAAUGUGUCUAAAAACAUUGAACUUUAAAAAAUUUUAUUUAUUCCAUUACUGUAGCACUUGGCAGAUUUUUUAAAAUGUAACUUAGUAAUUUCUUAUAAUAUUUUAAAUCUGUCUUUUUUAAAAAAUAAAGUGAAAAAUGAGAAGAGACUUGGUUUAAAUCUCAAUACCUUAGGAUAAAGAGGUACAAGAUUCUGAAUGAGGAUCUCUGUAGUUCUCUGGGAAAUGCAUUGUUGCUCUAUAGGCUUAUCUUUAUGUCUAGUGUUUGGGUCUUUGUUUUAUCUUCUAGAAAAUGUGGGAACCCCUUCCCCCGUUAAAAAAUAAGAGACUCUUUAUGUAUGUUUCAGAGUUCUAAAACAUGUUUUCAAAGUAGUUUUGUGAUCUUUGUCAUACUUAAUGUGGCUAAUUUUUCAUAAAGUCACUUAAUGCCUAAGGAUAUUUGUGUUCUAUAUUAAAGACAUAUUCAAGUCAGAUUCUGACGUCCACCAAGGCCAGUAUUACUCUGCAGCUUAUUAUUGCCUGUGAAAUGGCUGGUUGUUCAGUUUUAUAUCUCUUCCUAACUCUUGGAGUUUCCUUGCUCUUCAGCACCUUUGGAAGGUAGACAGGAGAAAAGCUAAGUGAACAAACACAAAACACUUUUGGGAAUGGGAUUUUAAAAUUGUUGAACAAUGGCAUUUUUGUAUUGGGAAUUAUUUUAAACAGUGUCCCUGCCUCUUGUUACUCCAAAGUUAUCUGUGACUGUCGUUUUAACAGCAGUCUUUAAUGUGCAUUGUGGACACUCAGUCAGAAUUGGACUUUUGUGUUAAUAGUCCCGCCAAUAGCAUCUUUUAAUAUGGAAAGCUGGCACCAUAAGCCCCGCUGUUGAACAUGUGUUGUAGUUUUAAGUACAUUGAGAGUAGCUGAGGUCAGCCUCUCCUGUGAAGACGUUUUUCUUUGGAAUACAUAGGGCCAUGUUUCAUUUGAUGUGAAAAUUAGUUUUUCAGCUAUCUCAAUCCGAAGUAGAAUCAUAUGAAUUACUGAUUUUGACCAUUUUUAAAAUUAAACUAAUACAUAAAAAUGA